AUGACUGCUUCUGACUCAGCAGUCACUAUUAUACCUAUUCUUCAACAAAAAUGUGAUACUUUAAAAAGCAAGAUUGCUGAUUUCACUUUAGUUAAUCAAGCUUUACAAUUAAAAACUUAUCAGCUAUUAAAUUUUAUUAAUCGUCAUGAAGAUUUUUCUGGUUUAAUUACAAAAGAAUAUGAUGAAGUAUCGAAUGAUAUUAAUAUUGUUCAAUCAGCUAUUGAUAAGUAUACAUGUGAAUUGGAAGAUUGGAAAUUGAAACUUGAUCAAUAUACAAUGAUGGUGACAAGUAUGAUGUUGAAUAAUAAUCAUAAUAAUACCAAUAAUAUAACUAAUGGUAUCAUUAAUAAUAACAAUACAGAUGAUAGUAUAAAUUUAACGCUGGGAUCAAUUAAAUCACCCAUUGCCGCCGGAUCAUCUCAAUCGCCAUCCACUAUGCUAUUACCGUCAUCAUCAAUAUCAUUGUCAUCAAAUAAUUCACCAAUUCAAUUUGAUAAUGCAUCAUCAUUAGGUAUUGUACAAAAUAUUCAUAAUAAAUCAUCCGAUGUGAAAUUAACUCAACCGUCAACCACAACAACAACCACAUCUACAACAAAAUUACGUUUACGUGCACAUUUUCCAAAUAGUCAAUUUACAUUAGUUGAAAUUAAAUCCGGUCAACAAAUUAAGCAUGCAUUAGAAAAGAAAUUAUCACAUCGUGGUUUACAUUUAGAACAAUUAAUUGUUUAUCGAUCACGUACAGGUCUACCAGUUUCAUGGGAAGAUGAUGCUGAACAAAUUGCUUUAAUUGGUGAAGAAUUAAUUGUAGACUUUGCUCGACGAAAUAUUAAACGUUUGGAACAUCAUUUUCAAAGAAAAACAUUUUUCGAGAAAGCCUAUUGUAAUUUAUGCCAUAAAUCAAUAUUUCAUGGUGCUAUAUGUAAAGCUUGUGGUUGCGCUUAUCAUAAUCGUUGUCUACCACGUGUGGAUAAAAAUUGUCUAUCCAAUUUACAUGAUGAUGAUGUUUUCUAUGCUGGUGGUGAUCAAUUAAGCAGUCGAAACUCUUUAGGUACUUCCAAUUCAUCAUCUCUACAUGGAUCCAAUUGGUUAGUUUCAUCUAAUACAACACCAGGUUAUACACAUUUGCAUCAUUUCAAUCCGGAAGAUUUAACCACCACUAUACGUGUAUUGACUAAUUCCACUGUAAGCGCUAGUGGUGGUGUUGGUGUUGGUAGUUGUGGUGAUACUACUACUAGUAGUAAUAAUAAUCACAAUCCUCAUUAUUAUUAUAAUCAACAUCAUCAUCAUUUAUUAACUAGUCAAUAUUUGCCAAUCUCUUCAUCGAUAAGUGGAAGUGGACAUUUCCCACGCCAAUGUUUAUCAUCAACAUGUCGUGAACGUUCCUCUUCAACACCGAAUGUAUCAAAUAAUUUAAUUGUUGCACCAAAUCAACAUCAAAAACACCACCAACAACAACAGCAACAACAAGGUUUAUUUAUGCCUAGUAGUAGUUCACUUGGAAAGCGAGAGGCAAACAAAAUUAUCCAAGGAUCCCCUUUACACAUUGUCUAUCCAAUGACAAAUCAUAAUUAUACAUCUACUACUAAUACUGGUAAUAAUAAUGCCGGAGUAGUACAACCAGAAAGUCCAUCAACCAUUAUUAGUGAUGGUUAUUUUCUAUCGAAUCUAUCUACUUUGCCUUAUAAUCAACGAUUUGGUAGUGAUCCGAAACAAUUAAUGAAAGUGAAAAAUAGACGUGGUUCAAAUGAUGAAUGGGAAAUAAAUGGAUUAGAAAUAACAAAAGGUCCUAGAAUUGGUUCAGGAUCAUUUGGUACAGUGUUUAAAGGUUAUUGGCAUGGAAAUGUUGCUAUUAAAGAAUUAAAUGUUGUUGAUCCAACACCGCAACAAUUGAAAGCUUUUAAAAAUGAAGUCAGUGUAUUAAGAAAAACACGACAUGAAAAUAUACUUCUAUUUAUGGGUUGUGUAUCGAAACCAUGUAUAGCUAUUAUAACUCAAUGGUGUGAAGGUUCCAGUUUAUAUAAACAUUUACAUGUGUUAGAGCAUCGUUUCGAUGUGCCAGAACUAAUUGAUAUUGCUAAACAAACAUCACAAGGAAUGGAAAUUAAAGCUGUCACUGGUUUCGGUGGACGUGAUGUACAAUUGGAAAUACCAAUUAUAUUAUGUCAUACACGUCCACAACAACCAGAUAAUAUCAUCAAAGUUGAACAAGCCAAUGAUAUAAUCAUUGAAGAAUUUAAACGACCAUCAAUAAAACAACAUUGA